GGCUGGUCCCCAGGUCUGUGCCAGCAGAUGGCUGAGGGGGCCGGGGAGAGGGUGGCUUUACAAGGCCACUUCCAGGCUGUGGACUCAGGACUGGGUAAUGGAGAGCCAGCUGAUGCUCAUCCCACCUUUGACUUGCCUGAAGCUGCCCUGGGAGGGGGUCCCCUGUGCAGUCCCAGUUUUCAGCAGCAUCAGGAACUGGAGGUCCAAGAGCCACCAAGACAAGUGUCCCUGGAGUGUGCCAGUGUCCAAGCACGGGGAAUUCUGACUCUGGGGAGGCCUCCCCCACCACUGCUAGCACCAGAAGAAGAAGCCAAGAACAGGAAGCGACCAUGGCCUACCAAUGGGCCAAACCUUGGUCCUCCCUUCCCACGGGGACUAAGUGUCCCAGAUCUACCAGCUGCUCCUUUCUUCCCAAGUGGUGGCACCAGCAGCCUGGACAUUCGACCUGGGGGUCUCCAGGACACUACUCGAUUUCCAAGGACACAGGAACCCCUGAGGGCUGCUCGCCCCACUAUUGCCCGGCUGUGCCACCCCACACCUGUUCUAAGCCGUUUGAGCACAGAGCCCCUGGCCUUAAGCACAGAGCCCCUAGCCUCAGAAGGAGCCUGCCCUUGGGCUGCAGGAGGAGGCAAGGUAACCGGGUUGUAUGCAGAACUGGUCAAGGAGUUGGAAUUACAGAUGGCAGAGCUUCGGAGGCUAUUGGUCUCUAGGGAAGAAGCAGCCCUACGGCAAGAGAGGAGGAUCCGAGAGUUGGAGCUGGAAAAUCAGCAGCUCAAGGGUCAACUGCGGAGUCUAGAGGAGCAGAAUGAUCUGCUGUCUAGCACCCGAGGUGGUGCAGGGCUCAAAGCAUCCUCUCCCAACACCAGCCUCAGCUCUGGGACCAGUAGCCUUGAUGUCAAUGAAGGGAACAUCCAGUUUCUCAAGGGCCUCGUGGGGCUACUAGAGAGCAACAUGGCACUACAGGUGAAUGGCCUUCCUGCACAGCUUCCCACAUCACCACCCGUGGAACCCAAGGGAACUCCUGCUGAGGCCCCACGGUCUCCACCAGUCCGUAGGCUUCGAGCAGGUCUCCCCAGUGGCUUUCCAGCAUGGUUGACCUCUGAGGAUGGGGUGGGCAGUCCUGCUACACUGAGCGAGGCCACCUGUCUGUGGGAGGAGAAUGUUCAGGAUACAUUGCCUGAUGGAACCCCUGUAUGGGCAUCACCUGUGGAGGAGAAUGGGAGACCCAAGCUAGAGCUAAUCCCCAACUCAGGGGUCUACAUUACUCACCACCAGCUGGAUGACCUGUCUCAGGUGUCAACAGACAAACCCAAGCUGAUGACUAGGAGGAUGUUGGAUUACUUCUUCUCUCGGGAGACGCUGGCCCGCUCCUCUGCCACUGGUCAACGAAUUGCCCAUAAUAACACUACCAUGGAGAAACCCAUUCGGUUGCCCGUUGCUGUGGUCAAUGCCAUCAAAGAAUAUGUCACCAAGGUGUGUGGCCGUGGUUGUAACUUUAAUGCCGUCAUCAACAGCAAGUGUGGGACCUCAAGGAGGGCAGUCAAGAAGAUGAUUGUAAAGAUGGAAGAGGAGGGCUCCGUCUGCAGAGCAGGUGGGAACUUCUGCAUUCAUCUUGGAGAUAUUAUCUUGGAAAUCAAAAUUCAUGACCAAAAGACUUCAUAGACUUUCUUUGUACAUAAGCCGGAACAUUUCAAAUAAAGAUUGGAUUAAACCUA